CUUUUGGUGACAGUAUUUGUGUUGCUCUUCCUCUUUGCUGCAUUUCAGACUUCAGUUAGGAAAUAGCUACACUGCUCCUGGAAGCAAAGACCUGGAAGAGCAGUUGCGGUCUGUGUCCAGUGUGGAUGAACUCAUGACAGUUCUUUACCCAGAAUACUGGAAAAUAUUCAAAUGUCAAUUGAGGAGAGGAGGUUGGCAACACAACAGGGAGCACUCCAGCUUUGACACAAGAUCAGAUGAUUCCCUGAAAUUUGCUGCCGCACACUAUAAUGCAGAGAUCCUGAAAAGUAUUGAUACUGAAUGGAGAAAAACUCAAUGCACGCCACGUGAAGUGUGUGUGGAUGUGGGAAAAGAGUUUGGAGCAACUACAAACACCUUCUUUAAACCCCCAUGUGUAUCCAUCUACAGAUGUGGAGGUUGCUGCAAUAGUGAAGGACUUCAGUGUAUGAAUAUCAGCACAAACUACAUCAGCAAGACACUGUUUGAGAUCACGGUGCCACUGUCCCACGGCCCCAAGCCCGUCACCGUCAGUUUCGCCAACCACACAUCCUGCCGGUGCAUGUCCAAGCUGGAUGUGUACAGACAAGUCCACUCCAUCAUAAGACGUUCCUUGCCAGCAGCACAAACUCAGUGUCAUGUGGCAAACAAGACUUGUCCGAAAAAUCAUAUUUGGAAUAAUCAAAUUUGCAGAUGUUUGUCACAGCAUGAUUUUGGUUUCUCUUCUCACCUUGGAGAUUCUGACACAUCUGAAGGAUUCCAUAUCUGUGGACCGAACAAGGAGCUGGAUGAAGAAACCUGUCAGUGUGUCUGCAAAGGAGGCGUGCGGCCCUCGAGCUGUGGACCUCACAAAGAAUUAGACAGAUCAUCGUGUCAGUGCAUGUGCAAAAACAAACUUAUCCCUGCAUCCUGCGGGCCCAAUAAGGAAUUUGAUGAAGAAAAGUGCCAGUGUGUAUGCAGAAAGACCUGUCCUAGACAUCAGCCGCUAAAUCCUGCAAAAUGCAUCUGUGAAUGUAUAGAAUCUCCCAAUAAAUGCUUCUUGAAAGGAAAAAGGUUCCAUCACCAGACAUGCAGUUGUUACAGACCUCCGUGUACAGUGCGGAUGAAGCGCUGCGACGCUGGGUUUUACUUCAGUGAAGAAGUGUGCCGCUGUGUACCUACAUAUUGGAAAAGACCACUUAUGAAUUAGCCAAGAGAGCACUACUUGCUACAGUUGGUGUACAUUUUUCCAUUAGAACAAAAGAGCAACAGAAACUUUGCUAAUAUUUGGAAUUAAAUGUUCACCAGAGACCCUGUGGGGCUUUCAGAGAUAGACUCGUGCUUUUCUGAAGAUGUGGAAAGCAAAUGUAGAAAACAACUGGGGUUCACGUUUUGUAAAGAACUCAAUAAGGACUUAUUUUCUGUCAAUGACCAAACAGCCUAGGUUCUCCUUCUUGUGAUUUUUUUUUUAAGAGAUAAUGACUAUAUAAUUUAUUUCCACUAAAACCAUCGUGCAGCAUUUCUGUUUAUAGCAGUAACAAUUGUUAAAGCUCACUGUGAUCAAUAUUUUUAUAUCAUGCAAAGUAUGUUUAAAAUAAA